AUGGCCCCUCCUGCGCACGUUGAUGAUUAUUACGACAUUCUCAACAUAUCGAAUACUGCCGCUGCUGGAGAAGUGAUCGCUAGUUAUAGAAGACUAGUAAAGAUCCGGCAUCCUGACAAAAAGCGCGGCUCGACAGAUGCGUUUCAGCAGCUCGGGAAAGCUUAUGAGAUCCUCAAAGACCCUGUAGAACGACGUGCGUACGAUUCGGUAUGGCCAGGCAUCAGAGAUCGUCUAGGAACACAGCACCAAUCGGAUUUGCGCCAAGCUGAAGCUGCGGAGGCAGAAACGCGGAGGGAGGCUGAAGCAAGGGCGAAGAAACAAGAGGAAGCAAGAAAGAGGAGGGGAGCUGAAGCAAGGGCGAAAACAAAAGAGGAAGAUGAAGCAAGAAGGAGCAGGGGAGCUGAAACGAGGGCGAAAGAUCUGGAAAAUGCAGGACGACAGAAGUCCUUCAAUCUUGGCGAAUACGACAAGGAUAUCUCCGACUUACAUCAGCACACAACCACGCUUGAAAAAGACUUGAAUCAACUCGAGGACCAGGAUAAUGAAGAUCCCAGAAUUGAGAAGGAGCAAAAUAGCUAUCGGACAUACUUGAGCUCAUAUUUCUAUCCCAAAGCGAAAGAAACCGAGGAGCAGAAGCAGGCGAGAGAGAAUGAACGUAUACAGAGGCGUACAAGUCGUCGCUUCAAAGAGAUUUUGUUAACAACGACGAAGGGCAAGUUACAGAGACAGCGCGAUGCACUGCAACGCGUCAUCGAUCAGAUUGCCGCUGAGGAGGAGCCAGUAGAAUAUAGCAAGAAAAAAGAGGAGAGUGGAGGGAAGUGGAGGAGGAAGACAAGGACAGAAAGGCGGAGGAUGAGAAGAAGAAGGCGGAAGAAAAGGUGA